CAUUCACAUUACUCAAAUAAACCUUCUUCUUCAUUUCUUCGCUCUCGUUUUGCCUUCUCCGUCUGUGCAUUGCUCGUCAGAGAGAGAGAGAGUGAGAAGCGUCUGAUCUGACGUGAGAGAGGCAUGGAUCUUCGAGUGGAAGAAUUAGUGUCAGCAUCAUCACCAUCACCAGUUUCCGCUUCCAAUUCCGAAGCCGUUCCUCUUCCUUUGCUCUCUCUCAACCACGUCUCCUUCGUCUGCAAGAAUGUGAGCCAGUCUGUCAAGUUCUAUGAGGAUGUCCUUGGAUUCGUUCUCAUCAAGAGGCCUUCUUCCUUCAACUUCGAAGGAGCCUGGUUAUUCAACCAUGGAAUGGGCAUACACUUGCUGGAGUCAGACAAGGUUCCUACAAAGAAAGGGAAGAUCAACCCUAAAGAUAACCACAUUUCCUUUCAAACCUCAGAUAUGCAGCUCAUAAUGAGGAAGCUGGAGUCAAUGAACAUAGAGUAUGUGACAGCAGUUGUGGAAGAUGGUGGAGUUACAGUUGAUCAGCUCUUCUUCCAUGAUCCAGAUGGGUACAUGAUAGAAAUAUGCAAUUGUCACAAUCUCCCUGUGCUCCCACUUUCCUCAUGCCCUCUCAAGCUACCUAACAACCAUGAGAAACAUCACCCACCAUCUUUCUACGGUGAGAGGGACCUGAAGAUGAGCUGCUCUGCUGAGGUCGUUUCGCUGAUGAUGGAGAAUUUGAUUUCAGACAUGCUCAAGAUCUCAAUAUGAGAAUUUUCAAAACUACAUGUACAAAAAUUUGUGCAAUAGGCCAUUACAGUGAGUUGUUUGUGAAUGCAAGAGAGUAUUUGUAAUGUAAGUUGAUCACAAAGUGAUGUUUUGGUACCAAAAACCAAACCAAUCCUAAGAAACUGCAACAUCACAAUGUCUUCUCUUUUUUUUUUUUUUUUUUUUUAAUUUCGUUCCUUCCUUUUUGAAUGAACUCCGUGCCCUAUCUUUAAUUCUCAGUGUUAUAUGUCGUGCAGUUUGUGAAUGAGUAUCCAAUUACUUUUAUUUUAAACCCAGCAUUGAUGGAUUAAGAGUGAAAAGUUC